AUGAUGAGUCAUGAUCAGAAGCAAAUCAUAAAGGGUAAACGUACGAAGCGACAGAGAUCAUCGUCGUCUACCUUUUUGGUGGCAGCCGCUACCACCAUCACCUCCACAAGCUCAUCAGCCGGAGAUGGCGGCGGAGGAAGAACAGUUUCCGACGAAUACAACUCGGCGGUUUCGUCUCCAGUAACCAUAACUGAUUGUACCGAAGAAGAGGAAGACAUGGCUAUUUGUCUCAUCAUGCUUGCGCGUGGAGCGGCUCUAUCACCGGAUCUCAAGAACUCGAGAACAGCUGGAGAGAACUCGAGUUUCUAUGUCUACGAGUGUAAAACAUGUAACCGGACGUUCUCAUCGUUCCAAGCCCUCGGUGGACACAGGGCGAGCCACAAGAAGCCUAGAGUUUCGAUAGACGAAAAGACAAAACUACCCCUGAUGCAGGUCAAGUCUGUUGGUUCAGAGGAAGGGCAGAAACGUCAUUUCAAAGCGUCUGGUCCAGCCCUAGCUUCGCAGUCAAGUAACACAGUGAUCAGCAAGGCAAACAAAGUCCACGAGUGUUCUAUCUGCGGUUCUGAGUUCACUUCGGGACAAGCUCUCGGCGGCCACAUGAGGCGGCACAGGACAGCCACCACUGCGGUAAUACCGGUCGCUACCCCGGAAGUUAGCAGAAACAGUACAGAGGAGGAGACUGAGAAUUUGAGCACUUACAUUGAACAGAGGAAAUAUUUACCGUUGGAUCUUAACCUACCGGCACCAGAAGAUGAUUUAAGAGAGUCAAAGUUUCAAGGGAUAGUGUUCUCAACCACACCAGCGUUAAUAGAUUGUCAUUACUAG